UCAGCUGAACACAGAGCCUUCAGGUUUGUGGUACAUUCACUGCGGUGCACUGAUUAAAACAUCAUGCAGUUUGCCUUCGUCACUUUUUUUCUCUUCACUUCUACCCUGACUUCAGGAUGGGCAAGAAGUGUAGACCUUCAGCUCACAGAACCGCAAACAGCCAGCCUUCACAUGAUGGACAACAUGUGCACCGACUGCAAAAAGACUGUACAGCUGCUGACAGAAAUCCUCUCCAGUCAAGACUCACAGCAUCUUAUUGAGAAAUCUCUGGACAAGUUUUGUUAUGAACACCCCGUCAUCCCUUUGUGUAUGAAUGGAGCAAAGACAUACGUACAUUUGGUUAUCAGACAUUUCAGUGCAUUUGCAGUGAGUACUUCUCAGUUUAACAUCAUGACAGUUCAAGUCAAUCCCCUCUGUAACUUCUGUAUGUUGUUCAUAAAGACAAUAGAGAGCAUGCUGCCAAAAGAGAGAACUGAAGAGGCUAUAGUGAACCUUCUGGAGAAAAUCUGUGACUAUUUGCCCUCACAAUAUAAGCACACAUGUAGCAACUUCGUCGAAACGUACGGAAAGCAGCUGAUUGAUCUGCUGUUGUCCUCCCUCCCUCCACAUGCCAUCUGCACUGCGCUGGGCCUGUGUCUCUUCCCAGAGACGCCACUGUUAUUGUCCUCAGAGCAAACAGACUGUGAUUCCUGUAAGAUACUAGCGAUCCUCUCCCAGCUUCAUUUGGGUCACAAUGCAACUGAGAUCCAGACCUCUGACCUGCUCCAGAAGAUGUGCCACCUCCACCCUAAUGCUAUUCCUCGAUGUGAAGGGUUUGUGAAGCUUCAUGGCCACAGGCUCCUGAAGAGUGAUGGGAAACAAGCACCCAUCACUGCAUGCGAGGAAGAUUACCUUUGCCGGGGACCCAAAUGAAAGUGAUCGAUCAAACUAGAUCAGAAAAGCAACAACCUUUUUACUUUACUCGAUCAAGCUUCUUCCCUUGCCACACACAGAACCGAGGGGAAUUUGAGACGUACAGUACGAGUGGAGACAAUGACUGUUCAAUCGGUUUCAAAUGACCUUCAUGUGCCACACUGGGUAAACAUUUAAUACAAAACUAGUCAACUUAACAUAGGAGAUCCUAACACUGUGUGCAUUUUGUGUAACAUUAUGUAAAAUCACUGCUUCCUCGUUUUUGUGUUGAGAUGAUGCUGAAAUAAACUCGAC